AUGUUUAAAGCUAUAACUAGAUCGCCGACCUAUUUAACGAGACUUCAAUCACGAGUUAAAUUUCCAGAGAAAUUUAAGGGUACAAUAAUAGAAAAAUGGGCAAAUUAUUGGAAAAAUUUAUUCAUAGAUUAUCGUCAAAUGUUGCAAGAUUUACGUACUGAUAUUCAAGACGAUCCACGUAAAGCUCUUAUUUGGACCACCGGCUUAGCAACACUUUAUGCGUUGUCUAAAAAUAAUCCAAAUGAAACAGAUUUCAAAGAUAGUUUGAAGAGAAUCACAAAUGAUGUGAUACUAGUGAGCGAUGAUUGUAGAAAUCCUGAAUCUAUAGACCAUCUUCGCUACAUACAGACUUGUUAUAAUAAGGGGGUGAUUCAUUAUAGGACUUUAGGAAUCAUCUCUUUUAUGUAUACUACUGAUUUGAACGAUUCCUGUGACUUGUAUAAGGCUCAUUGUCCAUAUUUGAAACCAUCAUAUUUUAGCAUGAUUGCAAGAAUUGUUGAUGUAGGUUUUAUGGGUAAGUGGUGGAACACUUACAUAAAGACAACUAAUUAUGAUGUCAACCCUGUUGCUCUU